AUGGCUUCUACUGGAGGUGGACCAAAAACUGGUCACGCAACAUCAUCUAUGUCUACCAAUGAACCUGUUGUUUCUGUUGAUUGGCUCCACUCUAAUCUUAAAGAGGCUGAUGUCUUCCUUAAGAACAAGUUCUAUCAGGCGAUGGCGUUUCUUACGGAUGGCGAUUCUGAAGGGGGAAACCCUAGUGGAGGCGAUGGCGGCGGAGGCUCCGCCUCGACAGGCACAAAGGAAGGGGAUAUGUUACGUGUUUCACUGAUGGAUUCCGAGGCGAGAGAAGUGCAAGGCGGUACUUCGAAUAUCGUUAAGGCGGGGACGCAAGGGGAGAAUGAGGGAGGGAGAACGGGGGCUACGGUUGGUUCUCCAAUCUCCAUUAAGGAUGAUGCCAGUAAGACUAAUUCUCCAUGGUUGAAGAAUAGUCAGGCCGGUCCUUCGGUACCGGUAAUUGAAGUUGUCGGAGGAGUGGCUUCGAUGCAAAUUCCAGAGGAUAUCUUUGAUGAGUCUGAAUUGCUGUGGAAAUCAUUUGUAGUAGGCUAUUUCAUUGGAGAUGCCCCUCAUAUUGGCUCAGUGCAUGCGACUGUAAAUCGCAUUUGGUCUACGCCCAAAGCUGGAUCAAAGAUUGAUGUGCAGUUUAUUGAGAAGAAUACUGUUCUGUUUCGUAUUGAUAACAGUCAGAUGAGGACUCGUGUGUUGCAGAUGAAAUAUUGGCACAUUGCAAAUGUUCCAUUAGUGGUAAAUGUUUGGUCUCCGGAGUCGGCACUCAACCCUCCUGACCUGACUUCGAUGCCGCUAUGGGUUGAUUUGUGUGGAGUUCCAAAUGAUCUUUAUUCACAUAAAGGUCUGAAGUGUCUGACAAGAGCAGUAGGGCGUUUUGUUAAGCUGCAUCCAAACACGGAGAGAUGUAUUCGAUUGGAUGUAGCGCGUGUUCUGACUGAAGUGAAUCUUCAUGAACCUUUGGUGAAAAAGAUCACUUUUAAAGAUAAGGAAGGAGUGGAAAGAGAUAUUGGGGUGAACUUCCCUUGGCUUCCACCUCGUUGUACUGUAUGUAGGAAAUGGGGGCAUAAGGCACAAGACUGUACUGGAAAGGAAGUCAAACUGCUGAAGAAACCAGAAGAAGAAGAGAAAGGGGCGCAAGUAGAGAUAUUGGCUGAUGUUGAAAAGGAUGUUGGGUUGAAUGGUAGGGCUCUAAGUGAUCUUCUUCAGGAUCUGGAAGCGAUCACUCCUCGACCUGCUAUACGUGCUUCAUCCAAUGAUUUGGAAACUGAUAUCAUUCAUAAGGCCUUAGAUGAGCAGCAUUUACAGGCUAGAGAAAAGGCACAAGGGAUCCAGUUGAUUGAGCCGACCACCGAAGCAUUUCACACUAAUGAUACGUGUGGUUGGGAAAAUGCUCAUGGAGGGAGGAAAGGGACAGAAAUAGGUGGUAAUCAGAGCCACCAGGAAGUACUGCAAAAUCAACGUGCAGAUGGGAAAGGAAUUGCCGUUUCACCAUCCAGAUUUAGUCCUCUACAAGAUAUCGUAGAGGAUGAAGAGGAAGAGGAAGAAGAGCUAUUAAAAGAAGUUGAGGAUGGGGAGAUCUUGGAGAGUAAAGCAGCAGGAAAGAAAGUUCAGCGAACGCAAGCAGUGAGUAGUAGGCGUUCCGUAGCGGGUGGGAAGCAAGCGAGGGGCAAGGUUGCUCGUUCUAAGGAUCUACUGUAUGUGGGGAUGCAGGGCACAACGAAAAAAACUUCCGGUAGGAAGUUAUGA